CGUAGAUUAAUAUCUAUGCCAUUUCUAGACAUUCUUUAUUACUGAUUUAUCAAACGUAAUUAUAGAAUUUGCCAUGCCUGCCCUAGUUGCGGACGGAGAGGCUACAAAGGGCCUCACCGGCUCUGUUGACGGAUCCAAGGGCCAAAAUGAUGACGCUGGAAAUCGGUCCCAUAUUGCCAUUUGCGGUGUUGGUAUUCGCCUUCCUGAGGGCAUACGAAAUACCGAAGCAUUUUGGAACUCAAUGAUCAUUGAUCUAGGUAGCCGAACUUUUGAUCAAGAAUCCCAGCAAAAAGGCCAACCUACAGCUGGUCACGUCACGCGCGAGCGAUUCUUAAGUGAAGACCUCAGGUCGUCCGAUGCAGCUUUCUUCUCUACGGCAAAGGAUACAUCGAUUGAGUGCGAUCCAUAUCAUCAUAAACUACUUGAAAUUACGCACGAAUGUCUGGAAGACGCAUGUGAGACCAACUACCGUGGCAGCAUUGCUGCUGUAGCUUGCUAUGUGGCUAUGCCUCCCCAUAACGACGCCACGAACGGCGCCAAUAAUCUUUCCACAUCAAAGCGUAUAUCUCAGCAAUACGAUUUUCAAGGACCAAGUGAGACGAUAGAGAGCAUAGAACAUUCCGCUUCGCUACUAGCGCUUCACAAAGCGUGCAAUGAUAUCAAGAAUGGAAAUGCCAAAGCUGCUCUUGUGGCGGGCAUUAACCUAGCCGCAGCUUCGACCAAUCCCGCGAAUACACUUGAAAGAGAAGCUAUUGCUGCAGUAUUCAUCAAGCCAUUGCGUUACGCGCUUCGCGAUGGGAAUCCGGUUCAAGCUAUUAUCCGUGGUACAAGUGUAUGCGAUGACAAGGGCUAUAAAAAAGCUGCGAGCUCUCGGAUACGUGCUCAUGAGACAAUGGUCCAUGAGGCAUACGACAUUGCUCAGUUGAAUCCCCGAGACACCGUAUAUAUUGAGUCUCUUUUGGAUUCUAAUUUCGUUAGCAAUGAGAUCGAAUAUUUAGCCCUUCAAAACGUCUUUGGUCACAGCGGCAGUUACAUCUGCUCCUCUCAAGGCGCAAUGGGAGAUUUCAGAAGCGCCUCGGGCCUUAUAAGCUUAAUGAAAGCGAUGGCUUCUCUGGAGCAUCAAACGAUCUUGCAUUCUGUCAUUGGUGAUAUGGGUGAUAUGAAAGAAAGACGGCAUUUGAUGCCUGUCCCUGAGGAUAGCUGCCCAAGUGAGCGGGCAGGUUAUCUACCUAAGCUUACGGCGUUGACAAAGUCAAUUGCGUUUCCAUCUGGUCGAGAUAAACGAGCAAGUGUCAACCAUCUCGGGGCUUCUGGCCUCGGUGCUCAUGUCAUUAUUGAUUCACACUGCCAAGACAAAGCGCCUGAAGAAGCUGCUCAGUCGAGAGAUGGUGAUAAGGCACUAGAGCUGAUGUUGUUUUCUGCAAACAACAUCAUUUCUUUGAAUGAGCAAAUAAAACUCUAUCAUGAUUACGCGAAGGCUCACCAAAACCUCAUUUCUGAUAUCGCCUACACUCGAGCUAUUCGCCGAGAAGCUUCGAAGUAUCGUGCGUUCUCAAUCCUUGGGACCGACGGCAAGAUUAUAAGUGCUAUGAAUCAUAUAGAUAGCCCUGUAAUGUCCCCAUCCAUUCUGAUGGUGUUCAGUGGCCAAGGAGCCCAGUGGGCAGGUAUGGGAAAGGAACUUCUCCAGCUUGGUGAAUUUAGAAACGACAUACAACGUAUGGAUAUGGUAUUGCGAGAAUUGAAACACCCGCCUUCUUGGACUAUUGAAGAGGAGAUGCAGAGAACAGAUGACGAUCCUCUUUGUCAGAUCAAUUCCGUGGAAAUUGCUUGCAUGUUGUCUACCGCUCUGCAAAUUGGGCUUCUUCGUCAAUUUGAACGAGUGGGGGUGAAGCCAGAUGCCGUUGUUGGACACUCUAGCGGCGAAAUUGCCUCCGCAUACGCUGCUGGCUUUCUGACUUUCGAAGAGGCAGUUAUUAUUUCCUAUUAUUAUGGCUAUGUUGCUGCAAUGAGUACAUGUGACGGGGCUAUGGCAGUCACUGGCCUUGGUGCAGAAGAGACGGCCCAGUUCUUGCUCCCCGGCGUUGUCGUGGCCUGCGAAAAUAGCCCCGCCAGCACGACGAUUUCUGGAGACCGCGGCGUUCUGGAAGAAGUUAUUGCUUCAAUCCAGAAGUCUAAACCGCAAGUUACUACGCGGAAGCUGCAGGUUAAUACGGCAUUCCACUCACAGCAUAUGGAAUUGAUCUCCGGCAAAUUUCUGGCAUUGCUGGAGGCUGAACAAAUUACCUUUACAGAGCAGACAAAGCGACAGGCUGUUCUUAUGUCGAGCGUCACUAACGGAAUUGUUGACGCUGCAAUUGCCCCUAAGUACUGGGUGACUAACAUAACUUCACCUGUUCGUUUCUCCUCUGCUGUCGAAUCUCUUCUCGAUAUUGUUCCUAAGAAUAGCCUUUUCCUCGAAAUUGGACCUCAUUCUACCCUCUCUAGCGCCCUCUCCCAAAUUUGUACCACUCUUAGUGUACCUUGCAACUAUGUUUGCUCCCAAUCCAGAAGAAAUAAUUGUCAGGCCAGCUUCCUAUCUGCAAUUGGGCGACUGUGGCAGACGUCUGUGGACUUGAAGCUUGAUCGAUUAUUCACUGGAAAGGCAAUUUCAGGGUUACCCCAGUAUCCGUGGAAUUACAUUGACUAUAACAAGGGAGGUAUAUCAGUUGCCAGCAGCGUGGUGCUUUCGCCAAGGGAUAAACGCAGUCGAAUAAUUUCGGAAGCAGCAUCUAUGGUACCUUCAGAUAACUCGGCUGGCGAAUUACUAAAGACCGAAUUAGAGCUAGUCUUACGUGCUCUUUGGGCCGACAUCCUUCGCAACGUGCUUCAAAUUCCCAUGGCAGAUAUUGGAAGGCAACAUAACUUCUUCUUCCUUGGUGGCGACUCCUUGACAACAAUUGAACUUGUCACAGCUGCCUAUAGACAUGGAAUACGCUUGUCACCAGUAGAUGUCAUCCAAAACCCUGAGCUUGGGCAGAUGGCCGCGAUUGCCAGCAUUGUUGAGACUGAAACGAUAGGAAACGUUGUACCGUUUAGUUUGAUCCCAGAGGAUAGCAUGGAGGGCUUCAAGAACGAUGUUCAAAAGCAGUGCGGACUGCAGGCUGACAGUAUCGAGGAUAUUUACCCAUGUACACCACUUCAAGAAGGGUUCUUAGCCUUGGGUCUUAAACAGCCUGGAAGUUAUAUACAUCGUCAGGUUUACAGGCUAGAGCCGCAUGUCGAUAUUGAGCGUUUUGUGGCUUCUUGGAACAAAGCCGUAAAACAAUGCGACAGUCUACGGUCGAGAAUAGUUCUGCUCAAUUCGCAAGCUUUACAAGCUGUAAUCGCGACUGAUGACUCAUGGGAGCACCCUGUGUCUAGUUUUGAUGUCGAUACGUAUUUGAGUACCACACGAAAUAUUUCCAUGAGUUAUGGAGACCGCCUUAGUCGAUAUACAUUGCUGUACCAGGAUGACGGUGAAAUUUAUUUCAUCUGGAUUGUUCACCACGCAGUGUUCGACGGCCUUAGCAUGAAAAUUGUUCUUGAUUCUCUCCACAAAUUUUAUAACAGCGCUGAGCUUGCCCUAUCACCUUACUCAAAUUUUAUUCGGUACAUCAAGUCGCUCGACUCCAAGGCUUCAAAUCAGUACUGGAAGAAGGAAAUGGAUGGAGCACAACGAUCUCACUUUCCCGAUGCUUCUCUAUCUGUGAAAUCUCAGGAUCGUGUUUUCCGGCGAUCUAUGCCAUUCCAAAACACUAAGGCAUCAAUCACAGCAGCAACUAUAAUUCGCGCUGCUUGGGCUCUGGUUCUCUCCCAGUACUGUAUUUCUGAUGAUGUAUGCUUCGGCAUGACUUUAUCUGGUAGACAGGCCCCGGUUCCAGAAUUGGAUAAUAUUCCUGGGCCAAUGAUAGCAUCAGUUCCCGUGCGCGUUAAAAUUGACCGAGAAAUGCUUGUGUCAGAGUUCCUUCAGCAGGUACAAUCUCAUGCCGCAGAAAUGGUCGCACACGAGCAAUUUGGGCUUCAAAAUAUCGCUAAACUUGGCCAAAAUGCGAAAGAGGCUUGCGAUUUUGCUAAUUUGCUAGUCAUUCAGCCCAUUCAGCACCUCUCUUCAACUGCCUACUCUGCAUUCGAUGCAAUUCUUCAACAAGGCCCGAAAGAAAAGGCAAUAUCUGAAGAAGCUAUGAAAAACUACUUUAACUAUCCAUUAGUUCUGCAGGCUUGGAUAGGAGAUGGUUUCAUCGAUCUGCAAUUUACAUACUAUGAUAACAUUAUGACUCAUGGUCAAAUAGAAGCAUUAGGAUAUCACUUCGAACAUGUUACCCAACAACUUCUCAGCCUGGAAGAUAUUUCAUUGAAAACUAUAACAGCCUCCGGCAUGUGGGACAUUCAGCGCGCCAUAGAGUAUAACAGUGAAGAGCCAGACAUCAUCAAUUCUUGCAUUCACCAGAUUAUUGAAGAACAUGCUCGAGAACAUCCGGACGCAAUGGCUAUCUGUGCGUGGGACAUGAAGCUCACUUACGGUCAGCUUAAUAUUGCUGCUAAUAGGUUAGCAAGCUAUCUUUUCCAUGAUUUCGCAGUUAAACCGAAUGAUUUGAUUCACGUUUGCUUCGAAAAGACUGUCUGGUUUUUUGUCUCCGUAUUGGCAAUCAACAAAACCGGAGCUGCAUGGGCUCCCUUAGACCCUUCACACCCGAUAAAGCGCCAGCAGCAGAUUGUAUCACAGACAAAGGCAAAGCUGUUAUUAACUUCCCCUAACAAUAUUAGAGUAUGUUAUGGCUUGGUCGAACAUGUUCUUGAAGUUUCUUCCGCCCUUGACGAGAUGCUGAAAUCGAGAAAGCAAGAUAGCCAAAAUCUAAACUUGGUUUCCCCGGAUGCUGUAGCUUAUGUUCUCUUCACUUCUGGAAGCACUGGAACACCGAAGAGCUUGGUCAUGCAGCACAGGGCUGCUUGCACGAGUCAGACUGCCAUUGUUAAGAGACUUGGCAUGACACGUGAUGCUAGAAUGCUCCAGUUUGCAUCGUUUGUUUUCGAUUUGUCAAUUGGGGAAAUAUUGGGCCCCUGGAUUGCUCGGGCCUGCAUUUAUGUGCCGUCUGAAGAGACUAGAAUAAACGGAUUGGCUGAUUAUAUUCGCACUAUGAAUAUUAAUUGGAUAUAUUCAACCCCUUCCUUCUCGCGCACAUUAAAUCCAGAUACGAUCCCGGGCCUUGAAGUAUUGCUUCUUGCCGGUGAGGUGGUUGGCCGGGAUAUAUUAGAGACAUGGUUUGGAAAAGUUCGCCUUAUUAACGGGUGGGGCCCUGCCGAAACUUGUGUAUUUAGCACAUUGCAUGAGUGGGCAUCUCUUGGAGAAUCGCCAUCAACAAUUGGAAAGUCUGUUGGUGGCUUUUGCUGGAUCGUUGAUGAUUCAAAUCGCCUAGCACCUAUUGGGGCCGUAGGUGAAAUUAUCAUCCAAGGUCCGACAAUUUUAAAGGAAUAUUUAUCGGAUUCUGCAAAGACCGAAGCAGCUAUAAUGAGGUCACUGCCUGAUUGGGUCCCGAAGCGCAAUUUCGACUGUUGGAGUCGGUUUUAUAAAACUGGCGAUUUGGGCAAAUACAAUCCAGACGGAACCAUUGAAUUCGUCUCGCGAAAAGAUACACAAAUAAAAAUUCGAGGCCUUCGUGUUGAGUUAGGCGAAACAGAGUACCAGCUUAAAACUAAUUUUGAAGGAGUCAAUCAAAUUAUGGUGGACAAGAUCACUACAGAGGCCGGUUCCAGCUUGAUUGCCUUCUUUUGUUUUAGUAACGAAACAAAAAUAAUGGCACCAAGUAGUAUUAUUGAAGAGGCAGUCAAUGAAAUUUUUCUUCCCCUUACGAAUGAGUUGAAAAGUCAAAUUGCUUCUACUAUUGGACGGCUGUCUGUGAGGCUUCCGCGGUAUAUGAUACCGUUAUUCUUCAUCCAUUGCCGAUAUAUGCCAUCAGUAUCUUCUACAAAACUAAAUAGGCGAAUGUUGAAGCGCCUAGUUGAACUUCUAGAUCCCGAAAGCCUUCGCACUUAUUCAUUGGUCGAAUCCAUCAAGAACGCGCCAGAAACCGCAAUGGAGAGUAGAUUGCAAGCGAUUUGGGCUAAAAGACUCAAUAUACCGAUUGAAUCUAUUGGAAGAGACGAUGGUUUCUUAGAACUAGGAGGCGAUUCUAUUGCCGUGAUCCAUUUCGUUGCUGAAGCCCGCCAAGCAGGAAUGUCGCUUACCGCCGAAGAUGUCUUCAAUGACCCACGACUCUGGAAAGUGGCUGCUGUGGCAGAUAAAGCAAACGCAGAGUCAGAUUCAGUUUCCGGAAUUCCACCUUUCAGCUUACUCGAGCUUGGCCAGAUGGAUGCCGAUAUUAAAGAGGAACUCCUCAGUCAGUGCGAUCUAGCAAGUUGGGAUAUGAUAGAAGAUGCGCUCCCCUGUACAGCAUUACAAGAAGGGCUCAUGGCCAUUACCGCCAAGCAAAGAGGUGCUUAUAUUGCCAAAAUGGUGUUUAAAAUCUCUGAAAAUGUUGAUAUUGAUCGAUUGAAGAUUUCUUGGGAGCGUACUGUUGCUCUUUCCAGCAACUUACGCACAAGAAUUAUAUCUUUGGGUGAUACAUCAUCAAUUCAAAUAAUUAUUAAAGAGGUUGCGCAAUGGGAAGAUACAGAUGGCUUGAACAUGGGUGCCUUCUUAAAGCGUGCAAAUGAUAUCCAUAUGACCUAUGGAACACGGCUCUCACGUUUUGCACUUGUUCAGGAUACCAACGGCGACCAAUAUUUUGUAUCCAUUAUGCAUCAUUCUAUAUUUGAUGGCUGGUCAUUGGCUCUUAUGAUUCGUACAUUUAGCGCAAUUUAUCACGGCAAUAACGCGCCAAAAUUAGACUCAUACUCUAGAUUUGUGAAGUAUGCACUUCAGCUCGACUCGAAGACCUCGGAAACCUAUUGGAAAACGCAAUUAGCAGGUGCCAGACGAGCUUUAUUUCCUCUACAAAUGGAUGGCAUUACUAUUACUACAUCUGAGAUGAAUAUGGGUGUUUCAUCCAGAGAAAUCAAUCUUUCACCAAUGGCAGGCAGUUCUAUCACCAAAGCAACAUACCUUCGAGCUACCUGGGCCAUGCUUCUUGCACGAUACUGCGACACAGAUGAUAUUUGUUUUGGUGCCUCUGUUUCUGGCCGCAAUACGCUUGGUAUGGAAAACGUCGUUGGGUUGGUUAUUUCAACGCUUCCUAUUCGAGUUCGUCUGGAUCCAGACCAAGUUUUGUCAGAGUUCCUUCGCGAUAUUCAAAAGCAGUCCACCGAUAUGGCAGCACAUGAGCAGUUCGGCUUACAGAACAUAGCCAAGAUUAGCCCGGAUGCUAAAGACGCCUGUAACUUUUCCAGCCUGUUAGUCAUUCAGCCAAAAGAACUAAUAAGUCAGGCCGAUCAAGAAGGGACUAUCCUUGUCUCUACCAGAGCAGAACAACGUUUGGCAUGGCAAUCAAUGACAGACUAUUUCAGCUACCCGCUUGUUGUUCAAUGCCAUUUGGAUGAUGAUACCGUUGACUUGGAAUUCGUAUACGAUAAGGGUGUUAUAUCAGAACUCCAAGUGCAGGCACUGUGUAAUCAAUUUGACCACUUGAUCCAGCAACUUAUAUCUUAUAAUGAAGAGAAGCUGCUUCGCAACGUGUCUAUAGCGGGGCCUUGGGAUUUGCAGCAGGCCAUGGAUUGGAAUGGCCUGGGUCAUGUAUCUUUGACAGGCGACUGGGAUAUAAAUUUUGCCCGUUCCGCUAAAUGUGAUGAGCCUUUUGCAGUUAAUCAAUGCAUCCACCACCUCAUUGAACAGCGUGCACAAAUGCAUCCCGAGUCGAUUGCUAUUUGUGGCUGGGAUGGAGAAUUUACUUAUUCUGAAAUGAAUGACGCUGCCGAUAGAUUGGCCAAUCAUCUCGUUAGGAAUAAUGGCGUACAAGUGGGCGAUCUUAUCAUUGUAUGCUUUGACAAAUCUUCCUGGUUUAUUAUUACAACUCUAGCCAUUAACAAGAGCGGCGCCGCUUGGGUGCCGAUCGAUCCAUCUCAUCCAACAGAACGCCAUCGACAGAUUGCCCGUCAGGCAGGAGCACGUCUGGCACUUUGUUCACCUACUAAUAGUUCAAAAUGCAUUGAUCUAGUGUCGAAUAUCCUUGAAAUAACACCAGAUCUAAACAGAGAGCUUGCCUCAAAUCAAUCCAACGAGACCCAAUUGGCUGUGGCUGUUAGCCCUCAAGAUGUUGCUUACAUUAUAUUUACUUCUGGAUCUACUGGCCUACCGAAGGGCGUGGUUAUUCAGCAUGAUUCUCUAAGCAGCAGUCAAAUUGCGCUUCGCAAUAGGCUUGACCUUAAUGCCAACACGCGAAUGCUUCAGUUUACUUCCUAUGUGUUUGAUGCCUCAGUUGGUGAAAUCGUGGCGACUCUCUUGGCCGGUGGCUGUGUUUGUGUUCCCUCAUGGGAUUCGCAAAUGAACUCACUUGCAGCCUAUAUACGACAUGCUAAAGUUACAUGCUCUCUCUUAACCCCAUCGCUUGCUAGAACUGUUGCCCCUGAAGAUGUUCCUUGCCUUGAAACUCUUAUUCUUAUUGGAGAGGCAGUUGGCAGAGACGUAUUCGAGAAAUGGUUCGGAAAAUUGCGACUCUUCAAUGGCUGGGGUCCUACUGAAUCCACUGUCAUUGCUGCAAUUCAUGAAUGGGAAUCUAUAAACGAGUCCCAUCUUACGAUCGGCCGGCCUCUAGCUGCCUACUGCUGCUGGAUUGUAGACCCCAAGGACCCCCAGAAGCUGGCGCCAAUAGGUACCCUUGGCGAAAUCGUAAUCCAGGGACCAGCGUUAUUACGGGAAUACCUCUCGGAUCAGGACAAAACAGCUUCUGCUGUAGUUACUUCGCUUCCAGAAUGGGUACCUGACCGCGAUCGAUGGGGUCGGUUCUAUAAAACUGGCGAUUUGGCAGUGUAUAAUGCGGAUGGCACCAUUAGGUAUUCCUCUCGAAAAGAUAAUCAGGUAAAAGUCAGAGGCCUACGCAUGGAAUUAGGUGAUAUUGAAUACCACAUCAGCAAUGCCAUGGACAAUGUCUCCCAAGUUGCUGUUGAUGUAUUGAAGCGUGACGCCAGGACAGUCUUAGCAGCCUUCAUUUGCUUCAGCGAUGAUACUCUUCCAGUCGGCAUAAAGGAUAGGACCAUACAAGAUAUUGUUUUGGAGUUAACGCCACAACUAAAGGACAGUAUCAACACCUUAAUCGGACGGUUGAAUGUUGUUUUGCCGACCUACAUGGUGCCGACGCUUUUCAUUCCUUGCAAAGCCAUGCCGCUGGCGACAUCUUCCAAAAUGGAUAGGAAGAUGUUGAUCCAACUUGUUGCCUCUCUCGAUCAAGCGCAAUUCGAAUUAUAUUCGCUAGCUCAUGGAAUUAAGGUUCAACCGGAGACUGAUAUGGAGCUGCGUUUACAGCACAUUUGGGCAGAAAUUCUAAAUAUGCCCCCUCAAUCUAUCGGUCGCGAUGAUAGCUUUUUAAAGAUUGGCGGCGACUCUAUUGCAGCUAUACGCCUAAUUGCUGUAGCUCGAGGUCGUGGAAUUGAGCUUCUCAUCGGUGAUAUCUUUAAUGACCCUCGGUUACUCGCCAUAGCCAGCAAGGCCCGAUGUAUUGAAGUAUUCUCGGAAAAGACAAGCUCAAUUAAACCAUUUGAGCUGCUAGAAGAACAUGAAAGAACGUACAUCUUGGCUCCUGAGAUGAAAUUGAAGCUAGAUUUAUCCGACAAGAUGGAAAUUGAAGAUGCUUAUCCGUGUAGCAGCUUGCAGGAAGGCCUUUUAGCUUUAGCUGUAAAGCAGCCGGGUAGCUACAUCACAAGCUUUCAGUAUCGUCUAUCAGAGCAAGUUAAUAUUCACAAGUUCCGAAAUGCAUGGGAGAAAACUGUUCAAUUAUGUGGCAUUCUUAGAACUAGAAUCAUCCAUCUGGCUGGCUCUUCCAUUCAAGUGCUUCUUACUGGCGAUGAAUGGGAUGAUACAAAAGAUAUGACUCUGGCGUCUUAUUUGCAAUCUACCCGAGCGGUCCAGGCCGCUUACGGAUCUCAGCUUUGUCGGUAUGCGUUGAUACAAGAGAAUAAAGAGGAAACGUACUUUAUUUUGACAAUGCAUCACGCAAUUUUUGAUGGCUGGUCGAUGCGAGUAUUUUUCGAUACCUUGCAUAAAGUGUUCCAUGGACUAGAGGCUAAAUCUCUCGCACCUUAUUCUCGCUUCAUUCAAUACACCAUGAAUAUUGACCCUGAAUCUGCUUCCAAGUACUGGACUGAGCAGCUUUACAAGGCUGAGAAAGCUUCGUUCCCACCUACUAAUGCAAGUCUUACGAAUCGGUCGCAAAGCUCCAAGAGCGUCCGUUCUUUGGUAGCAAAUCUUGACCUUCCCGAUAUCAGCGCAACAGGUAUCACAAAGGCCAGUAUUCUUCGUGCUGCUUGGGCUAUUCUUCUUGCGCGAUAUUGCGAUACCGACGAUAUAUGUUUUGGCACGACUAUAUCCGGAAGACAAGCCCCAGUGCCCGGGAUAACGGAUAUGCCUGGGCCAACUAUAGCAACUGUUCCUCUUCGAAUUCGUCUGGAUCGCCAAGAGCCAGUUCACUCGUUCCUCCAAAGUGUUCAAGAGAAAGCUCUGACCAUGGUGGAAUUUGAACAAUAUGGUUUACAAAAUAUUCGUAAAUUGAGCUCCGAUGCGCUCGAUGCCUGCGAUUUCUCCAGUUUGCUCGUUAUUCAGCCUAAAGAAGCUUUGGAGUACGCAGGUGGUGGCCGAGAGGAUCCAAUCCUAAUCUCCACCGAUCAAGCUCUAGAAACGGGCGAAUACGCGCUUCAAAAUUAUUUCAAUUACCCGCUCGUCAUUCAAGGACAUUUAAACAAUGAAUCUGAACAGCUGGUUCUUAUUUACGACUCUGAAAUUCUCCACGAAAAACAAAUCGUUGCAAUAUCCCACCAGUUCCAGCACGUUGCCAAAGAGCUGGCCUUGGGCAUGGAGUUAAAUCUUGGCGCCAUCACAGUUGCGUCGUCAUGGGAUCUUCAGCAGUCGGAAAUAUUCAAUUCAGAGAUGCCAGAAGCUAUUGAGAGCUGCUUCCACACUUUAGUGGAGAUGCAAGCUGCCCGGACUCCUGAUGCUACGGCCAUCUGCGCCUGGGAUGGCAGCUUUACCUACGCUGAGUUGGAUCGUGCGGCUAAUCGGCUGGCGCACCACUUGAUGGCUGAGCAUUCCGUCAAGCUUGACGAAAUUAUCCAUGUAUGCUUCGACAAAUCAAUUUGGUUCUUUGUUUCUAUUCUGGCCAUUAACAAAGCUGGGGCUGCGUGGGCCCCUCUUGAUCCUUCUCAUCCCCCAGAGCGACUUCGUCAGAUUAUCAAGCAGACGAAUGCCGUGGCUGCGUUAACGUCGGAAGCCCAUGCCGCGUUAUUCAGCAGCUUUACGCCGCUAAUAAUCCAAGUAACGGCAUCCCUGGAUCAAGAAUUAUCUCGGGAUAGCGCAUGCAGGCAAGGUUCUCCUGUUUCUGCUGUGUUACCAGCCAAUGUAGCAUAUGUGCUCUUUACUUCUGGUAGUACUGGCGUACCAAAGGGUCUUGUUAUGGAGCACCGGGCCCUUUGUAGCAGUCAAACUGCUAUUAUUAAAAGGCUCAAGCUUCAUUCUAAUGUUCGAAUGCUGCAAUUUGCUGCAUUUGUAUUCGAUCUUUCGAUUGGAGAAAUAGUAGCACCGCUUAUAUCAGGUGCCUGUGUCUGUGUGCCGUCAGAGAAAGCUCGCUUGAAUGACAUUGCCGGAUUUAUUCGUGAGAUGGAUGUCAACUGGGCUUAUCUUACUCCCUCAUUUGUAAGAGUAUUAACGCCAGAAGAAGUCCCGAGUCUCGAGCUACUUCUUCUUUGCGGCGAGAUAACUCCCCGCGACAUUUUCAAUACUUGGGUUGGCAAACUGAGAUUUAUCAGUGGUUGGGGUCCGGCUGAAACAUGCGUCUUUAGUUCAUUACAUGAAUGGAAGUCCGCUACUGAAUCCUCGCUAAAUGUUGGCAAGCCAGUCGGGGCACUUUGCUGGAUUGUUGAACCCGACUGUCAGGACCAGAUAGCUCCUAUUGGGACUGUAGGCGAAGUUAUGUUGCAAGGCCCGACACUACUUCGCGAAUACCUUGACGAUCCUGAACGAACAAGCUCAGCCAUGGAGAUCUCACUCCCUCAGUGGGCAAUUCAAAAGGCACCACAGUGGACGCGAUUUUAUAAAUCAGGCGAUUUGGCUAUGUAUAACCAUGAUGGCACAAUCGAAUUCUGCAGUCGAAGAGAUACUCAAGUUAAAAUCCGUGGUUUACGAGUGGAGCUUAGUGAGGUCGAAUAUCGCAUCCGUGAGAACUUGGAAGGCGUCCGUCAAGUCGCCGUAGAUGUUCUAGCCACUGAUGGCGGCUCUACCUUGGUGUCUUAUCUUUGCUUCAGUGAUGAAACCAGAAGUUUACCAAAGACAUCAGAAAGCAGUAUAGAUGAGCUGUUUAUACACCUAACAGCUGAAAUCCAGCUCCUGCUCAUUGCCAUGGCAGGACAACUAAAGACACUAUUGCCGAGCUAUAUGAUACCCACCGUAUUUCUCAUUUGCAGAUACAUGCCCUCUAUUACUUCUACAAAGCUUGACAGAAAAGCUCUCAUCAAGAUGACAUCUCUUCUUAGCCAUGAUCAAUUAUCAGCUUUUGCUGCGACUGAUAAUGAAAAGAGAGUUCCGGAAACAGAUAUGGAACGCCAAUUCCAACGCAUUUGGGCAUCAAUUCUAAACAUUUCCGCUGAUUCAAUAGGAAGAGAUGAUCAUUUCUUACAGAUUGGCGGUGAUUCCAUCUCAGCUAUACAUUUAGUAUCUAAAGCGCGAACUGAGGGUAUUGAGAUAUGUGUAAAAGAUAUUUUUGAUGAUUCCAGACUGCUUGCAGUUGCCUCAAAGGCCACUCUCAUCGACGGUGGUCGAGAGAUAGAAGACCCCAUACUGCCGUUUUCACUUCUGCCCAAGGCUUUCCGAGACAUGGCCAUAAAAACCGCAGCAGAGCUAUGUCAAGUCCCCGCAAGCGCUGUUGAAGACGCGUUCCCCUGCACAUCUUUGCAAGAAGGCUUAAUGGCCCUGUCUGCCAAGCAGCCCGGUUCUUAUGUGGCCAAGUACGUGUAUAGACUAGCCAACCACGUUGACAUUCCGCGCUUCAGAGAAGCCUGGGUUAAGACAGUUGAGUUAUGCGGGGUGCUUCGAACCAGGAUUAUACCUAUGAAGGAUUCUUCCAUUCAGGUGCUUGUCAAACACUCGGCUAAGUGGGAAGAAACAACAGAAGAAAAUCUCUCCUCUCUUAUACAUUCAGUUAGAGGCCUUGAGAUGACCUACGGCACCCCUCUCUGCUGGUACGCGUUGCUUUGUGAAGCGGAAACCAAUUAUUUUAUAUGGUCCGCUCAUCACGCUAUAUACGACGGAUGGACGAUACAGAUCAUCUUGAAGACUCUCGAGGCCGUAUACCGAAACGUUGAGGUGCCUCGUUUACAGCCAUAUAAUGCAUUCAUUCGAUAUAACUUGGCACUUGACCAUAGCGCUGCGGCUAGGUUUUGGAGCACUGAGCUGCGUGGUUCCAAACGAGCCGCAUUUCCGCCUCUAAACUGCUCUUCUGGCGGAAAUGAUGGCAUUUCAACCCAAGUAUACCGAAGAGCAAUCCCGUUGUCUGGUAAACCCAAGUCCUCGAUCACUAAGGCAUCUAUUUUACGUGCUGCUUGGGCAAUAGUCUUGGCUAGAUGCAGUGGUAGUAACGAUUUCACUUUCGGUACAACUGUAUCUGGUCGCCAAGCACCCGUGCCCGGUCUGGAGGCAAUGCCAGGACUAGCAAUUGCUACUGUCCCCGUUCGUAUUCGCCUUGAUAGUCAAAUUAAGGUCUCCAAAUUUCUUGAAGAUGUUCAAAACCAGGCUACAGCGAUGGUCCCCUUUGAGCAGUUCGGGUUACACAAUAUUGCAAAUGUCAGCCUUGACGCAAAAGAAGCUUGUAAAUUUUCAAGUUUACUCGUGAUCCAACCUCCGCAGUUUUCCAGCGAAGAGUCUAAUGAUACAAUACUCCUUUCUGGAGAGGCGGAAAGAUCAAUGACUGAGGAUUCGAUGCAGACUUACUUUAAUUAUCCUCUUGUUCUUGUUUAUAUGGUAGCUGGCGAUAGUGUUGAACUAUGCGUUUGGUUCAACCAAAACAUACUUCAGAAGCAACAAAUUAUAACCCUAUCAUAUCAAAUCGAACAUGUUAUUCAGCAACUCAAUAAUGAUGUUUGUUUAGAAUCAAUCUCUCUCACUGGAGACUGGGACAUCGAACACGCCGCAAACUCUCAGCAUCUUGCGGGAUCUACUCCAUCCUGUGACGCUGAACGGUAUUGGAGAAUGCAGUUAGAAAACUGCCAGCGGGCAACAUUCCCCUCUAUGGAUCACAGCAUUGGAAUAUCAACAGAGAUAAGCAAGACUGUUGAUACAGUUGUUGAGUUACCCAAUAUGCUCGCCUCGAGUAUUACAACCACAAUGCUAAUCCGAGCUGCAUGGGCUCUCAUCUUAGCUCGCUACUGUGAUACAGACGAUAUCUGUUUCGGUGCAACAAUUUCUGGAAGCCAGGUAACGAUGACUGGUGCAACGGAUAUAGCAGAGCCACUCAUUGCCAUAGUUCCAAUUCGGAUUCAAUUCAACCGAGAUCAACCUGUGUCUUCUUUCCUCUGUGCAAUUCAAGAUCAGGCAUUGGAGAUGAUUCCUUAUGAACAGUAUUGCCUAUCAAAUAUUGCCAAUUUGAAUGAAGAUUCAAGAGUAGCUUGUCAAUUUUCCAGCCUUCUCACAGUUCAACAAAAGUAUACUACAAAAGAAGCGAAUAAUGAUACGAUGGCCUCCGCAGAUAUCGAAGCCGAUCUAUCAGUUGAUUCUGCUCAAGAUUUCACCUAUCCACUUAUCAUUCAAGGAAAUAUAUAUGAUAAUAGUGUCAAAUUAACCAUCACAUAUAAGGCAAGUGCAAUGAUUGACUCUCAGGCGGAGGCGCUGGUUCAACAACUGGGCCACACUCUCUGCCAGCUUGCUUCGCUAAGUGAUACUCCUUUACGGGAGCUAGCACUAUCAUCGGAAUGGGACCUCAAAAAGGCAAUUAAGUUUAACCAAUGUGAAACUGAAAUCAUUGAUUCCUGCAUUCAUGAGCUCAUCGAAGCUCAGGUAAUGAUGCGCCCAGAUGCUCCUGCUAUAUUAGCUUGGGAUGGGGAUCUCACAUACAGCCAGCUUGAAAGCACUGCAAAUCGCUUAGCCCAUCAUCUUGUGGAUAAAUUUGAUGUGAAAGUUGGUCAAAUUAUUCAUAUUUGUUUUGAAAAAACCGUUUGGUUUAUUGUGGCUAUACUAGCUAUAAACAAGACUGGGGCAGCGUGGUCACCUCUGGAUCCGUCUCAUCCAACUCAGAGGUAUUCGCAAGUUAUCUCACAAACUGCUGCGUCGUUGAUCUUAACCUCCCAGACUACCACGUCAAAAUGCAUAUCCCUAGUACAGAAUGUACUUGAGGUUUCCUCAGAAUUAGACAAGAAACUCAUUGCAGAAGAGACAAAUGACCAACGGCUAGCAGUUCGCGUAUCAACGACGGAUAUUGCUUAUAUCAUUUUUACGUCGGGAACCACGGGCAUUCCUAAGGGCGUUGUAAUUGAACACAGGUCACUAUGUACAUCACAGACGGCUCUUGCCCGCCGCCUUGGCUUUACGGAUAGUGUAAAAAUGCUUCAAUUUGCCUCUUUUGUCUUUGAUGCGUCAAUGUUUGAGAUUUUCGCACCUCUUUUCGUUGGUGGCUGUGUGUGCAUGCCAUCUUGGGAUGAACAAAUGAACGAUAUAGUUGGCUACAUGUCUAAAUCUUCUAUAACGGCUGCAUUUGCCACCCCAACUGUUGUGCGCAGCCUAAGACCAGAAGAAUUACCCCAGCUUGAGAUACUUGUUGUGGGUGGUGAAGCUGCAGCGUCGGACAUCAUUCAGACGUGGUUUGGAAGGCUUCGACUCUUCAAUGCCUGGGGUCCAACCGAAACUUGUGUUAUCGCAUCAGUUCACGAGUGGGAAAGCCUAGCUGACUCACCAAUGACCAUUGGACAACCUAUUACGGGCCACUGGUGGAUUGUAGAUCCAAAUGACCCCAGACAGCUCGCCCCCAUAGGAUGUGUUGGCGAGAUUGUCUUCCAAGGACCAACAUUAAUGAGGGAAUAUUUCGAUAAUCCAUCUAAGACUGAAGAGGCUCUAUUAACUUCGCUUCCCAGCUGGGCACCUCAUCGCGAGCUAGAAUGUUGGAACCGAUUCUACAGAACCGGUGACUUAGGCUUUUACAAUCCAAAUGGCACGAUGGAAAUAUGUGGUCGAAAGGAUUGCCAAGUCAAGCUUCGUGGCCUUCGGAUAGAGCUCCAUGAGAUUGAAUACCAGAUAUCUAUUCAUCUCCCUGGCGUUCGUCAAAUUGCGGUUGACGUUAUCAAAAGGGAGGAAACAUCGCAUCUAGUGGCUUACUGUUGUUUCAACAAUGAUACUCUGCCAUCGCAUAUGGCCGCUGAUAAUGCAAGCGCAGAUUUGUUCACUACUCUACCAGAUCGGCUAAUAGUUGAGUUUCAUGAGCUUAUUAUGACACUCGCCGAUAUUCUUCCCCCUUAUAUGGUCCCUAAAAUCUUCAUUCCAUGCAAUUAUAUGCCGCUAGGAACAUCGACUAAAUUAGAUCGGAAGUUGCUCAUAUCCACCACCACUUUGCUUUCCAAUGAGCAACUCAAUAAAUACUCGCUUGUUGAUAGCAACAAGCGUGCUCCAGAGACGAAUGUUGAAAAGACACUGCAACGGCUCUGGGCCGAUGUUUUAAGGAUACCUGUUGAAUCAAUUGGAAGAGACGACAACUUUCUUCAAAUCGGAGGUGACUCAAUGGCCGUCAUACGACUCGUCUCUAUUGCUCGCGAGAGUGGUCUGGGCCUAAAUGCAAGGGAAAUAUUUGAUGACGCUCGACUUUUCAAUGUGGCUGCCAAAGCUCAAAGUUUGACCAAUAAAGAUUAUGAUAUCAAACCCAUUGAACCGUUUAGCCUGUUGACCCAGGGUCAUAUGGAAGCGCUCUUCACACAGUCGUCUUCGACUUCCGCGACUACAUUAUUUGACAAUACUACAGUAGUUGAAGACGCAUAUCCUUGCUCAAAAUUUCAAGAAGGUCUUAUGGCCCUAGCCGCCAAAAGUCCAUCCUCUUACAUUGCUAGAUUUCAUUAUCGCAUUUCUGACAAAACAGGGUUGAACGAAUUUAAGACUGCGUGGGAAAGGAUUGUUGAAAUGUUUCCUAAUUUGAGAAGUCGAAUUAUCCAUGUAGAUGGUUCUUCUAUUCAAAUCAUUGUCAAGGAUGAUAUUCAUUGGGAUUCAACGAACGAUUUACCCCUAAAUGAUUAUCUUAAGAGCUUACGACAUAUAAAGAUGGGGUAUGAUUCUCGACUAUGCCACUAUGGGCUGGUUGAGCAUGAAGAUGGAUUCCAUUUCAUCUGGACUAUGCAUCAUGCCGUUUUUGAUGGAUGGACUAUACGGUUGAUAUUCAAAGCUUUACAUACCGUCUACGAAGGCGUACAAGCGGCUCAGCUAGAGCCAUUUUCGCGGUUUAUUCAAUAUGCUCUAGACACUGAUUCUCAAUCAGCAAGUGAAUACUGGUCUAGGCAACUUCAAAACGCAAAAAGAAUUGAUUAUCCCAGCCGACUAACAUACACUGAUCAAAACAGUGGCAUGAAUAACACAGGGUAUAUCGAGUUGGACAUGAGUAUUCCUAAGCCUACUACCAACAUUACGAAAGCUACGAUGUUACGAGCUGCUUGGGCAGUUGUACUUUCUCACCACUCCGAUUCCUCUGAUGUUUGUUUUGGCACAACAGUUUCAGGUCGCCAGGCCCCUCUGGUUGGAAUAACAGAGAUGCCUGGCCCGGUUAUUGCUACUGUUCCAAUUCGCAUUCGGCUUAAUGACAGACAAAAUGUGCUUUCUUUUCUCGAGAAUAUUCAAUCCCAGGCGUCUGAAAUGGUUGCGUAUGAACAAUUCGGCCUGCAAAAUAUUAUUAAACUGAGCGAUGAGGCGAAAGACGCUUGUGAUUUCUCCAGCCUUCUUGUUAUUCAACCAAAACAGGUUUUAUCAUAUGGCAAUGCGGCCAAUCAAGCUCUUCUUAUCCCACAAUCCGACGACGCCGCAGAUGAAGUACUAGGGAGCUAUUUUACUUAUCCCCUUGUUAUUCAGGCUCAUUUGCAUGAAAAUGGAGAUAAGCUCGUUUUUAUCUAUAAUAAACUUGCUGUUGCGGAGCAGGAGCUUGUUGCGCUUUCGAAUCAGUUCAAGCACAUUGUCACUCAGCUUGCCUUGAAUCCUAGCAUUUUGCUUGAAGAUGUGUCGAUUACGUCCGAUUGGGAUAUCGAACAAUCUCUUAAAUUCAACGCCGAGGUGCCAACGAUUAUAGAUGCUUGCGUACAUGAACUCAUCGAAGCUCAAGCCCGUCUCAAACCAUCAGCUCCGGCCAUUUGCGCGUGGGAUCACAGCUUCACAUACAGUCAACUCAAUGAGUCAGCAAAUCGCCUCGCCCAUCAUCUUGUCAAAGCCCAUAGCAUUAAACCAAGCGAUUUUGUCCACGUGUGUUUUGAAAAGUCAGCAUGGCACUUUGUUGCUAUUCUUGCAAUUAAUAAAGCCGGCGCUGCUUGGGUUCCUUUAGAUCCUUCGCACCCAGAACAAAGACUGCGACAGGUAGUAGGCCAGACAGGUUCUACGCUAGCUUUAACAUCGGCGCAUAACAUCGAUCUAUGCUCGAAGCUUGUUGAAACCGUUCUCCAAAUUGAUGCCGUACUGGAUGAGUCGUUAGCUGUGGAAGAAAACAGUGACAGUGGCCCAAUAGUAGCCGUUACCUCGGAUCAUGCGGCUUAUGUGCUUUUCACGUCCGGCAGUACUGGUCAGCCCAAGGGCCUGGUCAUGGAACACCGCGCCGUUUGCACAAGCCAGAUUGAUAUUGCCAAGAGGCUCAACCUAACUCCUAAGGUCAGGAUUUUACAAUUUGCAGCCUUUGUGUUUGACCUCUCUAUAGGCGAAAUCAUUGGGCCACUGAUUUCCGGCGCAUGCGUUUGCGUUCCAUCAGAGCACACAAGAUUAAAUGGUCUUGAAGACUUCAUAAAUAAAAUGGAUAUCAGCUGGGCAUAUCUGACACCGUCGUUUGUACGAUCAAUUGAUCCUAAUGGCAUACCUCAGCUUGAACUAUUAUUAUUAGCUGGUGAAGCAGUUUCUAGAGAUGUGCUUAACACCUGGUUUGGGAAAGUUCGCCUGAUUAAUGGCUGGGGCCCCGCUGAAACCUGUUGUUUUAGCACUCUUCAUGAAUGGUCUUCUAUGAAUGAAUCUCCCCUCGUUAUUGGUCGGCCUGUUGGGGGUUUCUGUUGGAUUGUUAGCCCUGAUAACCAUCAACGUCUCGCUCCUAUUGGCACUUUGGGUGAAAUUGUUAUCCAGGGUCCUACAAUCCUUCGCGAAUACUUAGCAGACAUCGGCCGUACAGAUAUCUCGACCACAACUUCGGUUCCUGCAUGGGCGCCUCUCCCAGAUUCAAAGCAUUGGAACAGAUUCUAUAAAUCUGGCGAUCUUGGAUGUUAUAAUUCCGACGGCACAAUCAUUUUCAAUAGUCGAAAAGACAAUCAAAUUAAGAUCCGGGGACUUAGAGUUGAGCUUGAGGAGAUUGAAUAUUAUAUACGCACGACUUUAAGAGGGGCACGCCAAGUAGUUGUGGAUAUAUACGAGAAGGAUGGCGCGCGUAAUCUUGUUGCGUAUGUCUGCUUUAAUACAGAUAUGAGAAGCUCAUCGAGGUACAGCGAGCUCAGCUCCUGUGAAUUAUUUAUGAGUAUGACGGAUGAAUUGCGCAUGUCAAUUACCAUUAUGUUGGGCGAACUUCAGGUAUCAUUGCCACGCUAUAUGAUUCCUACUUUAUUCAUUCCUUGCAAUUUUAUGCCCUCAAUCACAUCCACGAAGUUGGACAGGAAGAUAUUGCGUCACUUGAUGGCUUCUCUUAACAACCAACAGUUGGCCACAUACGCCCUCCAGAACGGCCUGAAGCGUAUGCCUGAAACUGAGAUAGAAUUCAAGCUUCGGGGACUCUGGGCGGAUCUUUUAAACAUCCCCGUCGAGUCUAUCGGACGGGACGAUAAUUUUCUGCAAAUCGGUGGAGAUUCAAUUUUAGCGAUUCAGCUUGCAUCUCGCGCCCGCAAAAUUGGUAUUUGUUUCCAAGUCAAGGAUUUGUUUGGCGACCCAAGGCUGCUGGCAAUUUCCUCAAAGGCUACUAUGACUGCAUAUCAAGCCGAGACACAAAUAGUGCCAUUUAGUUUGCUCUCUAACAACCUUAGAGGGGCUGUUCUUGGUACCACUAUCCGUGAACAGUGUUGUCUUUCUGAUGAUCAGGUUAUCGAAGACGCCUAUCCCUGCACAUCGAUUCAAGAGGGCCUAAUGUCUUUAUCGAUGAAGCAGCCGGGAUCGUAUAUUGCCAAGUAUCUUUAUCGACUUCCUGCUCACGUGGAAGUAUCUCGGUUUAGAUCAGCAUGGAAGAAAACUGUGGAACUCUGUGCUAAUCUACGCACUCGCAUCAUCCAAACAUCAGAUGGGUCAAGCAUCCAAGUUAUAUGUAAACCGAGUUCAAACUGGGACCCACGGGACUACCGUGAUCUCCAGUCUGCUCUGGACCACGCUCGUGGAAUUCGUAUGACAUACGGUUCAUCACUAUGUGAGAUUGCCUUUGCGGAAGACGAACAGCGAAAUGUUUACUUCUUUUGGGCAAUGCAUCACGCAGUCUUUGAUGGUAUAUCCAUGCAAAUUAUCCUUAGCAUCUUGCAUAAGGCAUAUUUGUCGGAUGACAUUCCUGAAAUAGCUCCAUAUUCGCAUUUUGUCCGCUACAUUCUUCAAAUGAAUAUUCAGGAAGCUUCUUCAUAUUGGAGGUCUCAGCUGCAAAAUGCUAAACCGUCAACGUUUCCACCUCUGCACAAUGCGUCUAGAAAGCCUGGUGUCACAUGCGCGUUGGAAAGGUCUAUAGGCUUCAUUAACCCUGACAAGCUCGGUGUUACUGUAGCCACUAUUGUUCGGUCUGCCUGGGCGAUCGUCCUUGCUCGGUAUUGUGAUACUGACGAUGUCUGCUUCGGUACAACUAUCUCAGGGCGCCAAGCUCCUGUUCCUGACAUAUUCGAGAUUGUGGGACCAAUAAUUGCUACUGUUCCAGUUCGUCUCAAAAUAGACAACAAACAGCCUGUACCAGACUUUUUACAAACUGUCCAAAAGGCCGCAGCAGAAAUGAUACCAUAUGAACAGUUCGGUCUGCAACGGAUAAUGAAAUUGGGGGAGGACCCCUAUAACGCAUGUCAAUUUUCCAGCUUACUAGUAAUUCAGCCAAUGCGCCAUAUUUCUUUGACUGAAGAUACAGAAUCUUCGCUCAUCACUACUAAUGGGACAGAGGGUCUGUCUGACUCUUUAGCAAACUACUUUAGUUACCCUCUUGUGGUUCAAGCACAUAUCUAUGACGACGAAUUGAAAGUAGCAAUAUUUUAUGAUUCUGAUGUCUUGACCGAGCGACAAGUACAAGCACUAUCCAACCACCUCGGUCACGUUAUCCACCAGCUCACAUCUGAUGAUAUUUUGACUGUUCAGUCUGUUUCGAUCUCGUCGUCAUUUGACCUCGAGCUUGCCGUUGCAUCUAACAGUGACUUGCCCGAUAUUAUCAACUCUUGUGUCCAUGAACUUAUUGACAAGCAAGCUCAGACUUCCCCAAACGCACAAGCAAUCUCAGCCUGGGACGCAAGAUUUACAUACCAUCAGGUAAUGGUUGCUGCAAAUAGACUUGCAUAUCAUCUGAUUCAUAUUCAUAAAGUUAAGCCUGGUGAACUUAUACUUGUCUGCUUUAACAAGUCGGCAUGGCAUCUUGUUUCCCUUAUUGCCAUCAACAAAGCUGGCGCCGCUUGGGUCCCUUUAGAGCCAUCACAGCCUGAAGAGCGUUUGCUGCAGAUCUCUGACCAAACUAAAGCUCGACUAGUAUUAACCUCGCCAAAUAAUGCCGUUCUCUGCACCAGAUUGGUUCAAGGUGUAAUCGAGGUCUCAGCCGAGCUCGAUAGUCUAUUGACUCACUCCGUACCCGAGUCAUAUACACCCUGCGUGUCAAUAUCAUCCAAAAGUGCCGCUUAUGUCCUUUUUACUUCCGGCAGCACUGGAACGCCCAAAGGUUUCAUUAUGGAACAUUGGUCAGUAUGCACAAGCCAAACCGCAAUUGCUAGGAGACUUAACAUGACUCCAAGCGUGCGGAUAUUGCAAUUUGCUGCCUUCGUUUUCGACUUGUCGAUUGGAGAAAUAAUUGCCCCCCUAAUCUCUGGUGCGUGCGUUUGCAUACCAUCUGAGAACCAGAGAAUAGCCGGAAUUGCAGAAUUUAUUCGAGAGCAAAGAGUUAACUGGGCUUUCUUAACGCCAUCCUUCGCUCGAACAAUUCAACCCAAUGAAGUUCCAAAUCUUGAGCUUCUCUUGCUUGCCGGUGAACCCGUCAGUCAGGAUGUAUUUGACUCUUGGUUUGGGACCCUACGACUUAUAAAUGCUUGGGGUCCAGCAGAAACCUGCGUGUUUAGCACUCUACAUGAAUGGACAUCUGCAGAAGAAUCUCCUCUUGUCAUUGGCCGACCAGUAGGUGGAUUUUGUUGGGUAGUCGACCCAGAAAUGCCGCAAAACCUUGCACCAAUCGGCACAACUGGUGAAGUUGUUGUUCAGGGCCCAACACUCCUACGUGAAUAUCUCAAUGACCCUCACCGGACGAAAAAUUCGUUGAUUUCACGCCCUAGCUGGGCUCCUUUGCCCGAUCCUGACCAUUGGGACCGAUUCUAUCUAUCUGGCGAUUUCUGUUUCUAUAAUGAUGAUGGAAAUCUUGUGUUUAGCUGCCGCCGAGAUACACAAAUUAAGAUACGGGGCUUUCGCGUAGAGCUUAGUGAGAUUGAACAUCACAUGCGCGACAAACUAGGUGCUGUUUGCGAUGUUGCCGUUGAUGUUAUAACUACUACGACUGGAAAGAGCUUGGUAGCUUUCGUCAGUUUCGAUAAAUACGGACAAUCAGGUCAAAACCACACUGAUUGCGGCUCUGAUAUAUUUCUCCGUCCUGAUUCUUGUUCGCAAGAGAAAUUCCACGGCCUUGUCAGCCAGUUGAAGCUCACACUGCCUCAAUAUAUGAUUCCAACUCUCUUUAUCCCAUGUCGGUGCAUGCCGACCACCACGUCGAAGAAAUUGGAUAGAAAGACUUUGCAAGCACAAACGUCUGCCCUCACUCAAGACCAACUUGCUUCCUAUUCGUUAGUAAGCUGUAAGAAGUCUAUGCCAAAAACUCAAACUGAAUACGAGCUACAAGCCAUCUGGGCAGAUGUUUUAGCCAUUUCAUCGAAAAACAUUGGUCGUGAUGACAGUUUUCUUCAUAUUGGGGGUGACUCAAUUACAGCCAUGUUCAUGGUUUCCAAAGCAAAAGAACGGGGUAUUUCAGUCAACGUAAGAGAUAUUUUUGAUGACCCAAGAUUACUUGCAGUAGCGUCCAAGGCCAUUCAGUUGGAUAAGCAACUAGAAGUGGUUGCUCCAAAGCCAUUUAGCCAACUUGAGAGCUCCCUACAUCGCAAGAUUUUUGCACCAGAAAUAUUUCAGCAAUGUGGAAUCUCUAGCGGAGAUGUUAUAGAAGAUGCCUAUCCUUGCACCGCCCUUCAGGAAGGCCUAAUAGCUUUAACACUAAGACAACCAAGGUCUUAUGUUGGCAAAUUUGUUUUCGAAAUCUCUGGGCACAUCAAUAUCGAACGAUUUGUGGCUGCUUGGAAUCGCACUGUCGAAGCCUGCGCAAAUAUUCGAACUAGAAUUUUGCUCAUAGACGGUACUUCAAUUCAAGUAGUGCUUAAAAAUGAUGAGAAUUGGAUAUCUGCGGAUAAACAUACUCUUGCCACAUUUAUGAGCAGCUCAAAAGAUUUAAGAAUUGCCUAUGGCAAUCCACUUUGUCGUUAUGCUAUUAUACACGAAAACAAUAAGAAAUAUUUUGCCCUGUUAGCGCAUCAUUCAAUAUACGACGGAUGGACACUCGGCAUUCUAUUUCGGACACUGGAUGCCUUCUACCGAGGCGGCAGCAUACCAGUACUAGGUCCAUUUUCCACUUUCAUCAAGUACAUUGGAGACCUUGACGACAAAGAUGUUUUUUCGUUCUGGGAAAGAGAGUUGUCUGGCUCCAAGCGUGCCUCGUUUCCACGGAGCCGCUCCUUGGAGACGAAUGUCGCGAUAACCAAAGUCUAUACCUCAACAAUUACUUUCACGAGGCCAGAUGAAAAAUCAGUUACUAUUGCAUCUAUAUUACGUGCUGCAUGGGCUCUUGCCAUUUCUCGAUACAGCGGCAAUACCGAUGAUGUGAUAUUUGGCACGACUAUUUUUGGCCGUCACGCGCCUGUUGCCGGGCUCGAGGCGAUGCCAGGGCCUACAGUGGCAACUAUUCCAGUUAGAGUCCGUCUCAAUAUGGAUACUCCUGCUUCUCAAUAUCUUUUGGACAUCCAAACAAAAGCCUCUGCUUUGGUUCCGUACGAGCAGUAUGGCCUCCAACGGAUUUCUAAAGUCAGUCAUUAUGCAAAAGAGGCGUGCAACUUUUCUAGCCUAUUGGUUAUCCAACCGCCUGUGAAAGUCACUUUCGGUGAAGACGUUGGUAACGGCAUCUUCAUAAACGAUGAAGCAGCUCAGGCUAGGAUAUUAGAGUCCCUGGACAAUUACUACACUUACCCUCUGGUAGCCCAGUGUGAACUGGAUGAUAGUCAUGUCAAGCUGAGUCUCAUAUAUGAUAGUGAAAUUCUUAGCGAGCAUUUGCUGAAGGGAUUAUCAAACCAGAUUGAACUUAUUGUUCAGCAGCUUAUCAAUUUAGGCGAUAGGCCACUCAGCGAUAUACCCAGCAACACGGCUUGGGAUCUUGAAUUUGCUCUCGAGACCAAUCGUCGACUACCAGAAGUUGUUGAGAAGUGCUGCCACAGCUUCCUUGAGCAUCAAGCCCUUAAUAAUCCUGACCGCACCGCCGUCGAUGCCUGGGAUGCUAUCUUUACAUAUAAAGAGCUAGAUGCUGCUACAGAUAGGCUUGCAAGCUAUCUUGUUAAUGAGAUUGGUGUCAAACUCGGUGAUGUGGUCCAUGUUUGUUUUGAGAAAUCCGCAUGGUAUCUCGUUGCCAUCUUCGCUGUCUCCAAAGCUGGUGCCUGCUGGUGUCCUUUAGACCCUGCACAUCCUUCAGAGCGCCUCAGACAAAUAGUUCGUCAAACUCGGGCAGAAUUGAUGCUUUCAUCGUCGGAGAAUAAGUCCAAAUGUAUGGACUUGGUUCCCACGGUUGUCGUCAUUUCCCCAAUUCUUGACGCUGCAUUAGCGGCUGAAAAUAGUGGUCACAGCAAACCUGACUGUAAAACCCUCGUCGACGUUACUCCUCGCCACUCUGCCUACAUUUUAUUUACAUCGGGCAGCACAGGUGUCCCUAAAGGUAUAGUGAUCGAGCAUCAUGCUCUCUGCAGUAGCCAAUCUUCGAUCACGAACCGCCUUGGACUUGAUUCAAAUGUUCGAAUGCUUCAGUUUGCCUCUUUUACGUUUGACGUAGCUGUCGGAGAGAUCUUUGCUUCGAUCAUAUCAGGCGCUUGUAUUUGCAUUCCUUCAUGGGAAGUGCAAAUGAACUCCCUUGCACAAUACAUUGAACACGCCAAUGUCAGCUGGGCAAUGCUCACUCCUUCAUUUGCUCGUACGAUAAACCCCGCGGAAGUUCCUAGCUUGCAGACUCUAGUCCUUGCUGGCGAGCCGGUAGCCCACGAUGUUUUUGAAACGUGGUUUGGGAAACUGAGAAUUAUAAAUGGUUGGGGCCCUACUGAAGCUUGUGUUUACGGCUCGAUGCAUGAAUGGAAGUCAACCCAUGAAUCACCUACCACAAUUGGAUUUCCGGUGGGAGGCCUCUGCUGGAUCGUUGAUCCAAACGACUCUUCAAAACUAGCACCUAUAGGUAGCGUAGGAGAGAUCAUUAUCCAAGGUCCAAACUUACUGCGCGAAUAUUUAGAUGAUCCUACCAAAACAUCAUCAUCUCUAGUUUCUGAGCUUCCUGAUUGGAUGCCACAUCACAACUGGAAUCGGUAUUACAAGACUGGAGAUCUGGCAGCUUACAACGCGGAUGGAACUAUGCAAUUCAUCAGCCGAAAGGACUCUCAAGCGAAAAUUCGCGGCCUUCGUAUUGAUCUUGCGGAAAUUGAGCACCACAUCACUAAGCACUUGGAAUGUGCACGGCAAAUUUCUGUCAGCGUGUUUACCACCGCCGCGAGCACCAAAUUGGUGGUUUUUGCUUGUUUUACCGGCAAUACAAUAGCUGCUAACCAAGAAUGCCAAGCGGACAUGAUACUUCCACUCACUCAAGAGUUAACUGAAAAGUUUAACAAUCUUCUUGCAUCUUUGAAGUUCUGCCUUCCAGCUUAUAUGAUUCCGGAAUUAUUUAUCCCUUGUAAAGCAAUGCCACUCUUGACUUCUUCCAAAAUGAAUGUUAAGCUGCUACUACAAGCUGCCGCCUCACUUACCCAGGAAGACCUUGAAAACUAUUCUCUAGCUAAUAGCAGUCAAAAAUCUCCGCCAGAAACAGACAUGGAGUGCCGUCUACAGCAAAUCUGGUCUCAAAUCUUGCAUAUAUCAUGCCCUUCGAUUGGUCGAGAUGAUAAUUUCCUCAGCAUUGGUGGAGAUUCUCUUGCUGUUAUCAAAUUGGUGGCUACUGCUCGUGAUAACGGCAUUGCCUUGACCGUAAACCACGUCUUCCAUGACCCUCGGCUAAAGUCUGUCGCUUCCAAGGCUUCUCUUAUCGAGGUUAAGGAGACCGAAAAGGUCACUCCCGUUGCACCUUUUACUUUACUUGACCUGACUUCUCAGGACGCAGUCUGCGAUAACUCUAUCAGGUCAUUUCUUGGGCUUUCUGAUGAUAUGGAUAUUGAAGACGCGUAUCCUUGCUCCAAGAUGCAAGAAGGCCUUAUGUCUUUGAGUGUGAAACAGCCUGGGUCGUACAUCGCCAAACAUUUGUACCGUAUUCCAUCACAUGUUGACAUAACAAGAUUCAAGGCGGCGUGGCAACAAACCAUCUACCACUGUGCUAACAUGCGAACAAGAAUUCAUAGACUAGGCGCCACCUCUUUACAGGUCGUCGUGAAAGGAGACUUUAUGUGGGAUCCUACUCAUCAGAUGACUAUUUCAGAAUACUUGCUCUCAUUACGUGAUAUGGAUAUGAGCUAUGGCUCUCGCUUGUGUCACUACGCCAUUAUUGAAGAUGAACAAAGUAUUUACUUUUCUUGGGUUAUGCAUCAUGCGAUAUUUGAUGGCUGGACUCUGUCAUUAACCCUGCAGACGCUCUAUUGUGCUUAUAGAGGCCUUGAGCUCGCCGAUCUAAUUCCGUAUUCUCAGUUCAUCAAGUAUACCUUGGAACUUGAUUAUCAAGUUGCUAGCGAUUACUGGACCGAGCAGCUCCAUGGCGCUAGGAAAGCAAUCUUCCCAUCUUCAGCUAUUGACAGUUCCGACAAGUCCUGUGCCACGCAGUCAAUGGGGGUACAAAUUGAGCUUGUACGUAGCACUACAGGAAUUACAACGGCAACAUUUAUACGUGCUGCCUGGGCAAUGGUCUUGGCGCGCUACUGUGGCACGACUGACGUUUGUUUCGGCACAACCGUUUCGGGGCGACAGGCACCGCUUGGUGGAUUGACAAAGAUACCUGGGCCAGUUAUCGCUACUGUGCCUGUGAGGGUUCAUAUUGAUAAUCAGAAACCAGUAGCUGAGUUUCUGAAACAUAUCCAAUCUCAGGCGGCUGAUAUGGUUCCCUUCGAGCAGUUUGGUCUGCAAAAUAUUCGUAAGCUUAGUGAAUAUGCCGAAGAUGCAUGCGACUUCACUAGCUUGCUUGUUAUCCAGCCUGCUCAGCUUUUCUCAAACAGCGGCAAUAACGAAGAUACUCUUUUGGUUCCGGUUGAAACGGGAAGAGAUGAUAUGGAUAGUAUGCAAAAUUACUUCUCAUACCCUCUCGUCCUACAGGCCUAUGUGAGCAAUGAAUCCAUCGAACUUACACUGACUUAUAACUCGCUUUGCAUCCCCGAGCAACAACUCGUCGCCCUAUGUGAACAACUUAAGCAUGUUGUUGGCCAAUUAGCUGAACCAAAGUCCGAGCAAGUCUUGGGAACUAUUUCUAUUGCAUCACAGUGGGAUAUUGAACAAUCGCAAAAAUUCAACUCUGAAAUCCCGCAGAUUGUUGAUUCUUGUUUCCACGAUCUUGUUCGGGAUCAAGCUGAUAACCAUCCUGAGGCUAUAGCUAUCCGAGCUUGGGAUGGCGACCUCACCUAUAUGCAGCUUGAUCAGGCGGCCAAUCGUCUUGCGAAUCAUCUCAUUUGUAAAUACGAUAUCCAAGUAAAUGAGCUGGUACAUGUGUGCUUUGAGAAAUCUAUGUGGUAUUUUAUAUCUAUCUUGGCCAUCAACAAGGCUGGCGCCGCGUGGGUGCCUCUUGAUCCGUCACAUCCACGAAAACGCCUUCAACAGAUUGUCAGUCAAACAGGAGCAAGGGUUGCACUUUGCUCGCCAGCAAACAGCGAAAUUUGCUCGGGUCUCGUCAACUCAGUGAUUCAAGUUACUCCUGAGUUUGAUAAAGAGCUACUACGGAUUGUAGAUAGUCGGCGAGGACCAAUAACCAGCGUCUCUCCAGAUAACGCUGUUUAUGUCCUGUUCACCUCUGGUAGCACAGGCACUCCAAAAGGUCUAGUUAUGCGACACAGAUCUGUUUGCACAAGCCAAAAGGCAAUCGCUAGGAGGCUGGGCCUGACAACAGAGGUCCGAAUUCUUCAGUUCGCGGCAUUCGUCUUUGAUCUCUCCAUCGGCGAAAUCAUCGCUCCUCUUAUUACAGGCGCAUGUAUAUGUGUUCCAUCAGAGUAUAGCAGGAUCAAUGAAGUCGAAAAGUUCAUUCAAGAUACCCGUGUUACAUGGGCCUUCUUGACGCCAUCUUUCGUCCGUACUUUAAGCCCAGAUAAUAUCCCUGGGCUAGAGCUUUUACUGCUGGCAGGAGAGGCAGUUCCUCGCGAUGUGCUCACGGCCUGGUUUGGGAAAGUUCGUUUAAUUAACGGCUGGGGCCCCGCAGAGACCUGUGUGUUCAGUUCAUUGCAUGAGUGGAGGUCUAUUGACGAGUCGGCUCUUACAGUCGGACGCCCUGUUGGUGGGUUCUGUUGGAUUGUGGAUCCUGAAGAUCAUAGCUGCCUUGCACCAAUUGGCACAGUUGGCGAGAUUAUUAUUCAAGGGCCUACUCUACUGCAAGAGUACUUGGCUGAUACAGAUCGUACGAAUGCUUCCAUUGUACAAGCCCCUGGAUGGGCGCCUCUUCUAGAUGAAGCGCACUGGAAUAAGUGUUAUAGAUCGGGCGAUCUCGGAUACUUCAAUCUGGAUGGAGCCAUAGAAUUUUCAGCACGUAAAGAUACGCAGAUCAAGAUUCAUGGCCUUCGUAUCGAAGCCAGCGAAGUUGAAUUUCACAUUCAGCAGCUCUUGGCUGGUGCUCGCCAGGUGGCUGUCGACGUGUUCAAGAAUAACAAUAGCUCUACACUUGUGGCCUACUUCUGUUUCAGUGACGGAACAGAGACAACAAGCACCCAGUCAAACAUUUCAGAGACACCCUUUUUAUCACCUGAUGACGUCUUGCAAGAUCGAUUGAAGGCUUUAGUCGGAGAGCUCGGUGUUGUGUUGCCCCGAUAUAUGAUUCCUGCAUUGUUUAUCCCCUGCAAAUAUAUGCCUUUUAGUACUUCAACUAAACUAGAUAGAAGGCUGCUGCAUAAACACUUAUCUUCUCUCACUCGGGAUCAGCUAGCUAUCUACUCGUUAUCAAACAGAACAAAACGCCAACCAGAGACUCAAAUGGAACAGCGACUGCAGACAAUCUGGGCGGAAAUAUUGAAUGUGCCGAUGGAUUCUAUUAGCAAGGAUGAUACCUUUUUCCAGCUUGGAGGUGAUUCAAUUAUGGCUAUAUACCUGGUUUCAACAGCCAAGGAAGAUGGAAUUGCAUUUACUGUUAAGGAUAUCUUUGAUGAUCCUAGGUUAUUAGCAGUGGCUUCAAGAGCUACUUUAAUCCAAGAAGAUAACGCGGAUGUUGCAGAAUCUACUCCGAAUCCUUUCAGUUUAUUAUCCGAAUCACGCUUAAGCUUGGCUCUGGGAGACAAGAUCCGAGAAGAAUGUGGCCUUCGUGAUGGCCAAACGAUAACGGACGCAUAUCCCUGUUCCGCCCUCCAAGAAGGUCUCAUAGCUCUCACUGUCAAGCAGCCUGGCUCUUACGUUGCCACAUAUGUCCAUCAUUUAUCGGAAUCAGCAGAUAUUGCUAGAUUUAAAGAUGCUUGGGAUAUGGUUGUGGAGGUUUGCAGCAACCUUAGAACACGCAUCGUGUUAUUGGAUGGUGUUACGACUCAGAUUGUCCUAGAUAAUGAUAGUCAUUGGCUAUCCGCCGAGAACGAUAAUCUCGAGUCAAUCACUAGAUCGCCACGAAACAUGCAAAUGGGAUAUGGGACACCUCUAUGCUGGUACGCUAUUGUGUCUGAGAAAGGCAAAAACUACUUUGUUUGGUCUGCUCAUCACUCAAUAUACGAUGGAUGGACAAUGAAAAUAAUGUUUUCAGUCCUGUUUCGGGCAUAUUCAGACACAUAUAUUCCAGAAAUAUCUCCUUUCUCAUCGUUCAUCAAAUACACCCAUGAGAUUGACGGUGACGCCGCCGCAUCAUACUGGAAAACAGAGCUUUCGGGAGCAACUCGGCGUUAUCGCUCAACAAUUUCCUUCACAAAUUCCGUCAAGACCUCAAUCACUCAAGCAACAAUCCUUCGAGCGGCAUGGGCUAUUGUCCUCGCUAGAUAUUGUGAUAGCAACGAAGCCGUUUAUGGCGUAACUAUAUCAGGUCGCCAGGCGCCAAUAUCUGGAGCAGACAUGAUUUCUGGACCUAUGAUUGCCACUGUCCCUCUCAGGGCGCGCUUGGAUAACCAGGUAUCGAUAUCAAAGUUUCUUCAUUAUAUCCAAAAACUGGGUUCGACCAUGAUCCCUUAUGAACAAUAUGGGUUACAAAGAAUCUCUAAAGUCAGUGCAUGCGCCAAAGAGAUUUGUGACUUUUCGAGUCUUCUUGUUAUUCAGCCGCCGGCAGUCUUCGCUACGGAUGAUUCGGAUGAUACAAUUUUUACUAUCGAUGAAUCUACAAAUGACUUCACAAUGGACUCCAUGAAUAGCUACUUUAAUUAUCCACUUGUGAUGAUUAUUAGCCUGUUCCCUGACAAAUUUCUUUUGAAUAUAUUUUAUGACUCUGAAAUACUAGUGGAAUGCCAGGUCCAGGCCUUGGUUUCUCAUUUAGAUCACGUCACCCAAAAGCUUCUCAGCAUAGAGUCGACUAACGAUCCCCUAAGCUCAGUCUCCCUUCUUAGCCCCUGGGACCUUCAACACGCAGUUGAAUCAAGUCGUUUGAGUCCCUCUAGUGAGACGUGUGUACACUGGCUCAUUCAAGACCAAAUCCGCUCAAGACCAAACGAUAUAGCUAUCACCUCCUGGGACGGAGAGCUUACUUACUCUCAAUUGGGUGUUUUUGCAGCGCGCCUGGCGAUGAAACUUCAAGAACUUGGCGUUGGGCCCGAGGUUUUCGUCCUUUUAUGUUUUCCGAAAUCAGUUUUCGCUAUCGUCUCUAUGGUGGCUUGUCAAAUGGCCGGCGGAGCCUUUGUUCCUCUUGAUCCAGCCUCUCCAUCCUCUCGCUUACAAGGCAUUAUCAAUGACACUCAUGCACGCAUCGCCCUAGUUGGUUCAACGUGCGGCAACGCACUUGGUGGGCUCGGAGUUGAUAUCUUGUCCAUCGAUGAAACUGAACUUUCCAAAUUGCCUGAUCCAACCCAUGCGGUAGCAUCAACGGCCAAGCCCGAAAAUGCGAGCGUAGUUCUCUUCACCUCUGGUUCUACAGGUAAACCAAAGGGCAUGGUUAUUCAACACAACAAUAUUUGCUCGUCUAGCAACGCAUACGGCGCUGACCUUGGUAUUGGACCUGGCACACGGGUAUUCCAAUUCUCGGCCUACACUUUCGAUGUUGGCAUCCUAGACUGCCUUGUCUCCCUUAUGCGUGGCGCCUGCCUCUGUAUACCUUCUGAUGAUGCCCGAAUGAACAAUUUAUCUGAUGCUAUAGAGUCCUCAAAGGCUAACUGGGUGUUCUUGACACCCACAGUUGCAGAACUGCUCUCACCUGCUGAAGUCCCUAGCUUAAAGGUCCUUUGCCUUGGCGGUGAAGCUAUCAGCAAGAAGUGCGCAGACCGUUGGGUAAAUCAUGUCGAAUUGCAUGGCCUUUACGGACCGGCUGAAGCGUCCAUCUGCGCAUGGAAUCCUACUGUCGGUCGAUCAGGUCGAUCAACAAAUCUAGGUAGACCGACAUCCAGCGCCUUCUGGGUCGUUGAACCAAGCGACUAUAGGCAACUUGUACCUGUGGAAUGUGUUGGAGAGCUACUGAUUGAGGGCCCUAUGCUUGCUCGAGGAUAUCUCAACGUCAGCGACGAGGUUGCCGCCAACUGGAUGGAAGAUGUCGACUGGCUUCCUGGAGGCAAGAAACGAGUGUACCGCACAGGAGACUUGGUUCGGCGCAACGCUGACGGUACAUUUGAGUACAUGGGCCGAAUGGAUACACAAAUCAAGAGACAUGGUCAGCGCCUCGAGCUUGGCGAGAUUGAGUCUCAAAUCCAGGAAUUCCUUCCUCAUGACAUGGCUGCAAUUGUCGACGUUACCAAAGCAGACUAUGGCAAUUCCAAUGACAUCCUUGUUGCCUUCCUUUGGUACACCGAAGGCGAGGCUACGCUGCCACAAACUCUCCGUCUUUUGCAAACCGUAUCCGAACAGGUCCAAAGCUUCAUUUCACAUCUGAAUUCGUCAUUAGCCGCAUCUCUGCCCACAUACAUGAUUCCUUCGUCUUAUCUCAUUUUUGAGGGUAAACCAGAACAGACGACAUCUGGCAAGGUAAACCGUCGUUCUUUCGUCGAGUAUGGCCGCGGUAUCUCCGUCAAAGAUCGCCUGCGCUUUACACCUAAUGUCUACGACAAUGAAACGCCGACAACUCCGACAGAGUUCCAGCUGCGAGAUCUUUGGGCACAGGUGCUUAAUAUGGACGAUCCAACAGCCAUUGGAAAACACGACAGCUUUUUACAGCUUGGUGGUGAUUCCAUUAGUGCAAUUCACCUGGUCUCCUUGGCUCGGCAGCACAAUAUUGAUCUUACGGUGGCGUUAAUCUUCAGUGAUCCUCAUCUUUCUUCCAUGGCAGAGUCCAUCCAGCUUAGCUCCUCAGUGCAAGAAGACAAUUCGGUUGCGCGGUUCAGGCUCAUUCCCGUCGAUGAUAGAUCCAACGCUCAGCAGGCAGUCAUGGCUCAAUGUAACCUCUCAGACGCAGCGGAAGUUGAAGAUAUGUACACUUGCACCGACCUACAGCAAAACUUGAUGGCGUUGACUAUCGCGCAGCCUGGAUCUUACAUUUCAAAACACAUAUAUCGCCUUGGCCGUGACUUUAACAUGGACCGCUUCAAACUAGCCUGGGAGCAAACUAUGGUUCUCUUUCCCAACCUUCGCACACGAUUUGUGCUCUCCGGAAGCACUACAAUUCAGGCUGUUAUCAAAGACCCCAUUGCUUGGCCUCGCACUUACACUGACCUUCGCUCAUUCAUUGUGUCACAUGAGAAUACUGAUAUGACAUAUGGCUCGCCUCUCUGUCGGUAUGCAAUAAUUUCUCAAGAUUGCGAUACUUACUUUGCCUUGAAGAUCCAUCACGCCAUCAUUGAUUGCCAGACCUUCUCCAUGAUCAUCAAAAUUCUACAGUCCAUAUAUACCCAGAACGAACCACUAACUCUAACUCCGUACACCAAUUUCAUCCGGUACGUUAUGGAUCUUGACCGAGAUGCAGCCCGCAAAUAUUGGUCCACGCAGCUUUCUGGCGCCACACGCACCGCAUUUCCCAUGCGCGUGGCAUCGCACAAACCACAAGCAUUAAAGAAAGCCGCCAGUGUGACGAGUAAACUGAUCCACUUGUCACAGUCGCCAAGCUGCUUUACAACGCUUGUCCGAGCUGCGUGGUCAAUUAUAUUGGCACGAUAUGCGCAAACCGAUGAUGUAUGUUUUGGUACAGCCGUCUCCAGCAGACAAGCUCCGGUGGAGGGUAUCAACGAUAUGCCCGGUCCUGUUACAGCCACAGUUCCAAUAAGAGUAUGCCUGGACAAGCGGCAAACUAUUUCAAGCUUCCUUCAAGAUUUACAAAUUCAAGCUUCUGAAAUGGUAGCUCAUGAGCAGUACGGGCUAGCAAAUAUCUCACGAAUCAGCUCCUCUGCCAAGGAUGCAUGCAAUUUUACAAACUUUCUUAUUGUUCAACCUGCUGAAGAACAACUUCUUUCAUCUCAAGACGUAGCAUCACUACCCAUUCUAUAUCCGGCCACUAUUGAGAGCCUUGCAGAUGGCGAAUUGCUUGGUGACGUGUUCAAUUAUCCUCUUGUCGUGCGGUGCCAGUUUUUCACGGACAACAUGCAGCUGGCGUUAAUUCAUAAUUCAGACUUCCUUCACGGCUCUCAAGCUAUUGCUCUCCUUGAGCAAUUUGAGUGUGUUAUUGAACAGCUCCUAAAUGCUGGAGAAAAAACGCUGUCGACUGUAUCAGUGGCAAGUCAGUGGGAUGUAAAGCAGGCAAUUCAACAAAAUAAGGCCAUUCUUAAACCGAUUGAAUCGUGUAUUCAAGACAUUUUCUCAAUGCAGGAUGUUGAUCGGUUUUGGAUUGUUGAUCCCGAUAACCAUCACAAACUUGCUCCCAUCGGGUGCGUGGGUGAACUCAUAUUACAAGGCCCCGCACUGGCCCGAGACCACAUCGAUGACUCUAGAAAGACCACGGAGUCAUUCAUUAAUCACUUUGAGUGGCUUUCGGACACUCAAACCACUGAAACAAAGCGUUUCUACAAGACAGGUGAUCUAGUUCGAUAUAAUGCUGACGGAUCUGUCGAUUACAUUGGUAGGAAAGACGCACAAGUCGAGAUCCGCGGUCAACAUGUGGAACCUUGUGAAAUCGAAGCUCAUAUCAAGCUCCUCUCUCUUCCAAUGAAAGAAGUAGCAGUUGAUGUGAUGAUUGACGACAUUGAAAAGUCUCUGCUGGCGUUUAUAAGCUUUCGUGAUGGUAAAAUCACUGGCGAAGCUACAGAUGUUCAACUGGUAGCAUCUAGUAACAGAAUGCAAGAGCAUCUGUCUCACCUCGGUAGAAAUUUAGCUACUGCCUUGCCGAAUCAUAUGGUUCCCAAAUAUCUCAUUCCCAUUGAGUAUAUGCCAUUUAAUAACUACGGAAAAAUUGACAAGGCGGCCCUCAUGCGAAAGGUUAUGAAGCUUUCUACUGAAACUCUCGGAAGGUAUCUAGCCAGCCAGCACCCACCUUUCCGCGACUGCUCAUCUGCUCUGGAGCACUGGAUCCGGGCGCACUGGGCAGUGAUUCUUGAGAUACCUGCAGACACGAUAGGCAUAGAUGACAACUUCUAUCAGCUUGGUGGCGACUCGAUCCGAGUCAUUACCAUGUUAAAACUUACACUAGACAACUUUGGUGUCCCUAUUGAGAAAUCUUUUAGCGGCAAUCACACAACGGUCAGCCAUAUGGCGAAAUUAAUCGCAUCAGCUGUGGAGGAUGGAGCUACAGUACCGUGCCAUCCAGGUUCAGGUAUCGAUUUGGUAGCCAAGAUCAAUGCGAUUUCUAAGGAAUCUUGGAUAUCGCACCCACACGCUUUACAGGCAAACCCCAUUACUACAAUCCGUAACCAGUCAACAAUUUUCCUCACUGGUGCCACCGGCUUCCUUGGUACUGAGAUUUUAAAUCAAUUAGUGAGAAAUCCGGCUGUGCGGUCUGUUAUUGUCCAUGUUCGUUCAAAGUCGGUACCCGAUGGAAUGGGGCGAAUCCGAGAGACAGCCAGAAUCGCAGGUUGGUGGCUUGAUGAAGACGCUGAUAAGUUGGAAAUUUGGCCAGGUGAUCUUUCUAAAGCUCACCUAGGUCUCACGGAAGCCCAGUGGAACCGACUCUCAGGGCUAUCCAAGUCAGAGACCGGUAUCGAUGCCAUUAUCCACAACGGGGCUUCUGUCAAUUGGCAUGCCACCUAUGAUACACUAUGUCACCCUAAUGUCAACUCGACGGUCGACCUGCUGAUGGCGACCGCAACAUCACCUAUCCAACCAAAAUUCGUGUUUGUCUCGGGCGGAGCCUUCACAAACCCUGAAGAUCACCCGGCUAUAUCUGCGGCAUUACUCAAGGGUACCACCGCCUAUAUUCAAACAAAAUUCGUCUGCGAAGGAGUCAUCAAGAACAUCACCAAGAGCCUUCCGAACAACCAGAACCGGGUGUCGAUUGUCAAACCUGGGCGAAUAAUCGGUACGGUGGAGCACGGUGUUGCUAAUGUGGAUGAUUUCAUAUGGAGAGUCGUUUCUACCGCAGCCUCUAUCAAAGCCUUCCCGGAAGAACCAGAAGCGCACUGGAAUUAUAUCCAAGACGUAAGCUCUGUCGCUUCGGGAAUUCUAAAUCAGGUCUUCGACAGUGAAAUCGCGCCGUUCUCUAUGUCUGGAAGCGGCAUGCCGGUACCUGUUUUCUGGGAUCUUGUCAAUUCUGAGCUAGAAACCCCAUGCAAGCCUAUACCCUGGUCAGAAUGGAUAGAGCUUGCAACAGCAUCGGUGGAAAGGGUCGGUGCUACGCAUCCGUUGUGGACGGUUCGGCAAUUCCUUUGUCAACUCGGCAUACCGCGAAACGUUCUGCCGUACAAAGGCGUAGAAUAUACCGAGUAUAAAGAUGCACAGGCGGCAAUCAAGAGUAAUGUACGGUAUCUCAAGAAGCUUGGAUUCAUUCCUUCUUCAGAAGAUGGAUUUGGCAAGAGCGAGCAGGAGAACGUUCUUCGGCGUGUACAUAAUACGAAAGGAAUGUCGACGUAAAGGGGGUCUGGUUGCGUUAGCUUUAGUUCUUUUCUUUAAUUCUUUUCUAAAAAUUAAUUUCGUUGUUAGUACUCUCGUCCGUUUCAGUCCUUCACUAUUAGCUAUUAGAACUUUUUCUAGAAGCUGAAUUAAUAC